AUGAAACAAUUUCAUCAGGAGAAAAAAUAUAAGCGCUUAUCGAGUUUUUAGUAUUAAUAUACAUAAUACUCCUAGUCGAAUUAAGUUUUGAAUUGUAAUUUAGCACAUAUACGCGGUUCUUAAAUAGUUAAAGGAGACUUAUAGCAUUUAUCAAAUUUUUUAUAAAUAUUGCAUGAGUUAUCAAAACUUUAUAAGGAUCGAGCAUUAAAUUCCGGUAUCAGCAGUUAACAAGAUUAUUUAGUAAAUGAUUUAAAUUCUACACCUCCUUAGUAAAAUUCAAAUAAAUUAACUUAGAUGUUUAGAGUAUUUCUAUAAUUCUCAAGAUGAAAAAUAAACGUAUCUAGAAGAAGAAAAUGAUCACUUCUAAAAAUCGAGCAUAUAAUCGAAUUAAUUUUAAAUUAAUAAAAAUUCAAAAUAACGAAAUAAUCAAUCUUGUGAGCAAUAAUAUAAAAAAAGAGAUGAUAGAAAGUCAUCUUAAAUGAAAAACCAAUAAGGAAGUAAUCAAUAAAGAUAAAAAAGACCUAUUAGAUCUAAUUCAUUAAAAAAGCCAACAGAUUAAGACCCAAGGAUUCAAAAAAAAAUGGCAUACGAAUCAAGGUCUUAACCAAAAAAAUAAUAGGCAUUUACAAAAGAUAAAGAAAAAUACUCAGAAAAUACAAAGUCUUCAUAAGAUUCAUAAUAUUCUUUGGAUUUUGAAACUUCUAAUAAAGAUGAAGUAGAUUACGAAUUUUUAAAUUAAUAUGAUGAAAGAGUCAUCCAGCAAUUAGAUGAAAAUGAUCCAAUUAAAAUUAAAUAUGUUCUAGAAAAAUAAAAAGAAGAUAUCUUAAAAAUUUUAUAAGAAAAAAUAUUACAUGAAGAAAAUCAUCAAAAUUUUCCUGCAUCCGAUGAUUAAAUAGAUAGUUAAAUUAAAAAUAUUAAAGAAUCUUUGAAAAACUUAAAACCAAAACCUUCUAUUGAUGAUGUGGAAAAUAUCAACGAACAAAAAAAUUAAUAUAGGAAUUUCUUAAAAGAUUAGUUGUAAAAUUUUCAAUAAAUUAAAUAAAUUCAAAAUGUAUAAAAAUAAGAAAAUAACUCAAGAGUAAGUACUAAAACAAAAUAGAAUGAUUUAUUAAAAAAUUAAUUUGAAAAUGUUCAUUUGUAUAUGUAACAUAAACUAAGGGAUGAAAAAUUGAAUUAUCUAAAAAAAAUGUAUUUUCUAUUUUGUUGUUAGUCACCGCAUAGUUUUUGAGUUAGAGAAAAGACAAAUAAUCGAUGAAAAAUAUGACCACAGGUAAGCUAGAAGACAAUAAAAUAUUCUAACAAGGAAUAUUUUAGAUUCAGUUGAAAGUUCCUAUGAUGAUUAAAUAGUAUUUUUAAAACAAAAAAUAUAAAAACAACGAAACGAUCGAUUAUAUGAAGGUAUAUCUCAAAAAUCAGUAUUUGAAUUUUUAUUCUUUAGAUAUUAUCUAAACUGGAGAAGGAACUUAAACAAGAGAAAAUCAGAGACAGGUAAAAUUAAAAAGAAGUUUGGAAAUAUGAAAAAGAGAAAUUUGAAUAAUUGAUGAAAGAUGAUGGAGAAUUAGAAAAAAGAAUACUUCAAAUCUAUAAAAGAUAUUGA